GGACGCUGUCCGAUUGCGUAAGGUUUCCAGCUGCUCAUCCUCCCAUCUGCUUACAUUUGCUUAACGCAUUUUGUUCGUUAUUAUUUAUUGAUGAUUUUAAUAUGAAAUAACGCGUGCGUGCGGUGUGCAGGAAGGUGUCACAUUUGUUGAAUGGAUCCUACAGACUCCUGAUGUUCACCUAUAUGAAAUACUACAGUGUCCUCUAAAUCCUUGGGGAUUAAGGAGCCAGAACACCCAGAGAUUACCAAAAUGUUGGCCCGUAAAGGCCCUCUCCCUGACGGAUUCCUGUUGACACGACUCGCUGAGGAUGCCGCGCAGCCCAGCCGUGUCCGACCGAAGUCACAGCGGGCGCGUUUUAUUACCAAGAGUGGGUCGUGUAACGUUGCCCACAAAAAUAUACGAGAACAGGGCCGAUUUCUUCAGGAUGUUUUCACGACUAUGGUGGACCUGAAAUGGCAACAUUCCCUCCUUAUCUUCACUUCCGCAUUCCUCUGCUCCUGGAUGCUCUUUGCCAUGGUCUGGUGGCUCCUGGCGUUCGCUCACGGCGACUUGGAACCUCGAGAUCCGAAUGAACCCGGACCCGUACCCUGUGUUACCUCCAUUCACUCCUUCACUUCGGCUUUUCUCUUCUCUAUCGAAGUGCAGGUGACUAUUGGUUUUGGGGGACGAAUGGUGACUGAGGAAUGCCCGCUAGCCAUCAUCGUCCUCAUCAUCCAGAACAUUUUGGGUCUGAUCAUCAAUGCUAUCAUGCUUGGCUGUGUGUUUAUGAAGACCGCUCAAGCCAACAGGCGAGCAGAGACCCUCAUCUUCUCCCGUAACGCGGUUAUCGCCCCACGCAACGGCAGGCCUACGUUGAUGUUCCGAGUCGGGGACCUGAGGAAAAGCAUGAUCAUCUCAGCCACCAUACAGCUGCAGGUAAUUCGACGGACGGUGACGGCAGAAGGUGAAGUGAUUCCUGUCUGUCAGCUGGACAUUCAAGUGGAGAACCCUCUCAGAAGCAACGGCAUAUUCCUCGUCUCUCCGCUUAUUAUCAGUCACACCAUUGAUAGAGGAAGUCCUCUAUACGAACUCUCGGCACAAUCACUGGCAACCGAUGAUCUUGAGAUCAUUGUCAUUUUGGAAGGUGUCGUUGAGACCACCGGUAUCAGCAUGCAGGCACGCACAUCCUACACACCCGAGGAGAUCUUGUGGGGUCGACGUUUUGUCUCUAUUAUGACCGAGGAGGACGGGCGGUACUCUGUAGACUACUCUAAAUUCGGGAAUACCGUCCCCGUCCGGAUGCCGUCUCUCAGCGCCAAAGAGCUGGACCAGACCAGGGGCAUCCAGGACAGCGGACCCCACGAGGGAAAACCACAGGGCUGGGGGUUGGUGAGGGCAGGGCGAGGCGGGUACAGGAGGGCCGGCGGCAGAGCCUGCGACGACGCGGCAGCUAAGCCGUGGUACGUGACGACUAAGAAAGUGGUGGAAAAGGAGAGAAAGGGACAAAAGAAAACAGUCAAACUUGAAGAGAUUGGCAGAGAGAUAGAAGAAGAAACGGUGGAGGAUAUGAGCGAUUAGAAAAACAUUUUUGGGUAGGUUUGAAAC